UGUCUGAUGCAAUUGUUCAUGUUUAUUUACAACACCUCAGUAUGACCUAAUGUUUUCAAAUUCCUCCCAUGACUGCUUACAUGUGUACUUUUAAUGACUUUAAUUUUGGUGGAUGAUGAUCAACAUAAAUCACUGUGAAGCACUGUGUGCAGCAGCUGGAGAGGGAAUGGAUGGAUUUCCUGUGAAGAUUACAGAGGCAGUGUGUCUUGGGGCCAGCCUGGCCCUCUCAGGCAUCUGCUUCUAUCUCUAUAGGAAAAGCCGGAAGACACUGGAUAAACUUGAUGAUGCUCCACACUUCACCAUAGAUGGAAAACUCAAAGACAUUCUGAAAGUUACCCCAGGAGCAUGUCUACAGUAUGCUGUCAUUGAAGGUGCUGUACAACCAGUAGGCGAGCCUCUGACAAGCCCCUUCCAAAAGGAAUUUGUCGGAGUGUUGCAAAAAUUUAUGCUGAAAGAGCACAGGCUGGUUUGGAACAGCCUUUCACACACUUGGACAGACAGCGAACGAGUCGUGCACCAACGAGUGAAUGCAGUGCCCUUUGUGCUAGUGGGAUCAAAUGAGACCGCCGUCAGAGUCCUAUGCCCUCUGCAGGCCUCCGGACUGUACAUGGAGACGACCCAUGAAAAGUUCCACCAGGUCAACUACGGCUUAGGCGACAUCAUAGGACAAUACCUCAGUGGGGAGAAGCUUAAAGGACAACUGGAGACCGAGGAAAUGCUUAAAGUGGGCUCAACUCUUACUGGCGUGGGCGAGUUAAUAUUGGACAUGGAUGGCACCUUACAUCUCCGACCCCCAUCUAAUGGCUCAGAGUACUUUUUGAGUAUUACAGACUUUGACACUUUGUUGGGAGAGCAAGAGAACAAGACAGUUGUGUGGAAGGUGCUGGGCGUUGUCUCUGCUUUGGCAGGGGCAGCAGUCCUCCUUUGGGUCUGCCGACGCUACUACUACAAGCUAAAACUUCGCAGGGAGAGGGAGCAGGCAAGGAGGGAAUUUGAGAGACUGCAGGCUGAAACUCCAAGAGUACGUGCUCCAGUAGCAGGUCAAGACGGGGCAGAGGAAUGCAUAGAGAACGCCUGCGUAAUUUGCCUCACUCAGCCACGUAACUGCAUUGUGUUGGACUGUGGACAUGUGUGCUGCUGCUACAGCUGCUACCAGGCUCUUCCACAACCUCGAUGCCCCAUAUGUAGACAGCACAUCACCAGAGUGGUGCCUCUCUACCACGUCUGAGGCAUCUGUGUGAUCACAUGACCUACAAACUGUUCAAGCUAUACACCUCAAAGGUCUGAAGGUGACUCUUCGAAAAAUCGUAUUACUGUAAAGAAUAAUGAGGCUCUUUUAAAGACCUACUGUAUGUAAUAAAUAAAUGUGAAUCGUAAGAAUAAUGUGCAAACACUGUGAUCGCGACAGAGUUUCAGUGAGGUUUCUGUAUCUAUAAUUGUAUGAGAAACAGGAAAAUUAGGUAUUUGGACAAAAAGGUGAAAUUUUUCCAAUAGAGAUGUUUAUUUUCCUACAUGUUUGUUCUGUGCCUUAUUCUGGUCAUUUAUAUGGCUGCUGCUGUCUGUACCUGUGUGACUUAAAGGUGCAAUCUACAACAUUUAUAGUCUGAUGCCUCAAGCAAGCAGUGCAGUGCUGACAGACCCAACAGUAUUAUUAGGGACUAAUGCCAUUACUCCACUAUAACUUUACAUAGCAAAUAUUUGUUUGCUGCUAUGUUAAUGUUCUAAAUGUUGUGUACAGCACCUUUAAGUGUAGUGAGAAGGAACUAAGCUUUUGCUUUAACCACUUUCAGUUACGUAUUUGAGUCACAGGAAGUUAUUGAAGAGGAGAUACAUUAAUUAAACGCUAAGAUGAAGCUUUAGUGUUAAUUAAUACACUACAGACAGGAGAGAGUGUAAAAUGUUGAGUUGUUGAAACAAAUUGAAUAAAUUAUCACUCUUUACCAUGUAUCACCAUGUAUUAAUGCAGCUAAGUCAAACCCACUUUAUUUUAAGAAAAAGGGCGGAAAUUAAACUGGAACCUGACUGAUAUGGGAUUUUUGAGAGAGAUGCAGACACUGAUUUUAGAGGGGGAAAAUUAAUUGAUAACUGAUAUGGUGGCCGAUAUAGUAAUUUUUUGAGCUGGAAUGAAAACAGACCUUUUUUAUGUGGAUUGUGCACCCAUUUUUCACCACUCUGCAAAUGUACCCAGAGAGCUACUUUCUCAUACAUAAAACUUUAUUAAAUACUACU